AUGGAGCCCAGGAGGGCGGUGCCCGGGGCGCUUGGCUGGGGGCCGCGGGGGGCCGCGGGGUCGGGGACGGCCGCGGAGCUCGUGUACCACCUGGCAGGGGCGCUGGGCACCGAGCUGAAGGAGCUGGCGCGCCGCUUCGGCCCGGAGGCGGCGGCCGGGCUCGUGCCGCUGGUAGUGCAGGCGCUGGAACUCCUGGAAAAGGCGGCCGUGGGGCCCGCCCCGGCCUCGCUGCAGGUAUCUGCGCAGCAGGCCGACCUCGAGCUGCGGCGGCUGCGGGAGGAGAACGAGCGCCUCCGCAGAGAGCUGCGCUCCGGGCCGCAGGAGGAGCGCGCGCUGCUGCGGCAGCUCAAGGAGGUGACCGACCGCCAGCGGGACGAACUCCGGGCGCACAACCGCGACCUGCGGCAGCGCAGCUUGGAGACCGAGGCGUUGCAGGAGCAGCUGCAGCGCCUCCUGCUGGUGAAUGCGGAGCUGCGGCACAAGCUGGCCGCCGUAGAGAUCCAGCUGCGCGCCGCGCGGGACCGCGAGAGCCAACGAGAGCCGCGGCGCGAAGCGGCCGUGGAGCCGCCUCCGGAGCAGGGGCAGGGCCUGGCUGCGGCGCCCGGGUGCAAGCAGAGACGGGAAUCUGAGCCGGCGGCGGCGGGCGCAGGAGCCCCGGGGACCCCUGAUGACCAGGCAGAUGCCCCGUCGUCGCCAGGGCGCCCCCCCAAAGUAGGGCAGCGCGGCUUCAGCCGAGAGGAGGUUGAGCAGCUCCUUCAGGAGAGGAAUGAGCUCAAAGCCAAUGUGUUCCUGCUGAAGGAGGAGUUGGCCUACUUCCAGCGGGAGCUGCUCACAGACCACCGGGUCCCUGGGCUUCUCCUCGAAGCCAUGAAGGUGGCUAUCAGGAAGCAACGGAAGAAGAUCAAGGCCAAGAUGUUAGGGACCCCAGAGGAAGCAGAGAGCAGUGACGAUGAGGAUGGCUCAUGGCUCCUGCUCUCCAGCGAUAAGGAAGACCACCCCCAACCCCCACCCCCUGAGUCCAGAAUACAGAGUUUCUUUGGCCUGUGGUAUCGGGGUGAAGCAGAGGCCCCUGAAGGUGAGACCGGCAGUGCAGCUCCCAGCGAGCUACAGGGAGGAGAGGAGGCCCCACAGCCACCUCACCUGGAGCCUGUGGGCCGCCCGACAGCCCCCAGCUCCUGA